UAUUUGGAUCAUACCUGAAGCAGCGCGGGAAUACCAGUUCUUUUUCUCUCUUUCAUCAAUAGAUGUUCAUUGCAAUUCAGACUCAUCAACGUAAAUCACUCCAUUCUCUGUGUUUCAGGCACUCUACUUUCUGUAUCAACCGUUCGUUUGACCUAGUCACUCCUGCGUAAACACUAUUAAACGUUUUCGCGGUCGCUGAUUUCCUCAGGUACUCUACUUUGUGAAUCAACCGUCGAUUCGUUUGACCUAGUUACUUCUGCGUAAACACUGUUAAACGUCUUUCGCUCGUUUCCUCAGGAUGACAACUGCUGCAGGUCAUGAUAUUUCUCAACUUGAUAUUUCUGAGCAGGAAUUGGACAGGCUUGUAGGCGAAAUGGUCAGGCAUGUAAUUUUCAAGACCCAACAAACUUCUGGCUGUCCUAUCAAAAGAGAUGAGCUUACUCAACUGGUUUCUAAACACUAUAGUCAGAGGUCCCUUCCUACUGUUGUGAUCAACAAGACCAUAGAAAAGCUGUCCAAUGUUUUUGGAUAUGAAAUGAAGGAGCUUCAAAGGUCUCGAUCAAAACCCAACCAAGGUCGCACUAGUCAACAGGGUUCUACUGAUGCAAAAUCAUACAUUCUUACAAGUAAACUCAAUGAUGAAGUUUACAAGAAGUAUGUGGCCGAUGAAAGUCAGUCACACUUGACUGGUUUAACUUUUGUCAUUGUUGGGAUCGUGUCUUUAGCUGGAGGCAAGAUCUCCGAAGAUAAUCUUUGGCAUCACUUAAGGCAAUUGGAACUCUCUCAAACUGAAGAAAACCAUCCAGUCUUUGGAAACACUAAGCAAUUUUUGGAGACACUUGUCCAGCAAAGAUUUUUAAUGAAGGAAAAAGUUAAUGGCCCUGAAGGGAGUAGUUUAUUUUAUGAGCUUGCAGAAAGAUCAUUAGAUGUAUCUGUUAGUCAAAGAAUCAAAGAUCAUAUAGCACAGAUUGUUCAGAGAGAGGUUCCUACACCAGAUGGUAACAACGACGAUGACGAAGAGUAAAAAUCUCAUGUCGAAAAUACAAAGGUGUGUUGUUGUAUCUCAUAAACUUGCCUUUUAAUGCUGUUGUUUUUGUCUAAUAGUAUUUGUUUGUAUUUGGAAACACUCUUGUUUUUGAACUGAAUUCACUUAGAUAUGGCUAAAUUUCUUGACCCAAAUCUACAUAUGUUUGG